AUGGGUGUCACUUUCGAAGAGUUGAUAGGGCAGAUGUUGAUGAAUGCCCCGGAUCCUAAGGAGAAACUACCGGUUGCAAAUCGCCCAGAGACCAUAUGGUGUACUACAAUGCCCUUUUUGAUCUUAACAUGGCUCGCCGUCGGGUUGCGCUGUUGGGUGCGUUUUCGGGUUAUGCGUGAGCCAGGUUGGGAUGAUGCCCUCGUACUGCUAGCUGCCCUUUUGAACACGGCUGCGACCAUCUUCGUAUUACUUUGUAUCAAAUACGGGCUCGGCCGACACUUCUUGUACAUUGGCAUUCCAGAAAUGCAAAGCUUCAUCAAGAUGUUUUACUUCGCAAACGCCAUCUACAUAACGAACACUGCCGUGAUCAAGAUAUCACUAUUGACACAGUAUCUACGCAUCUUCAAAGCUGGGAUGAUGCACUGGAUCUGCAAAUGUUUGAUUGUAAUCAUUGGAGCAUGGGGCUUUACUUACGGUUUUAUGGCUUGGUUUCCCUGUUUUCCGCCUCAAGCCUUCUACGAGAAGAACGCUUACCCGAAUGCCAAGUGCUAUGGAUUUGGCUUCGUGAACGACCAAGACUUCAUCGGCCUGUUUGAGAGCCAUACUGCCCUGAACAUGGCCUUUGAUGUCACUGUCUUUGUCACGCCAAUGAUUCUAUUUACGAAACCCAAUCUCAAAAUGAAGAACCUUUUCGCCAUGGCGGGUAUCUUCAUCCUUGGCGCAGUCGUCGUCUUCACCUCCGUCUGGCGCCUCUACUCCAUCGUCGAUAACCGCGCCGCCACCUCCCCCUACAUCGACUUCACCUGGUGGACCCCCAUCAGCAUCAUCCUAUCGUGCCUCGAAAUCGACCUCGCCAUUAUGUGCGCCUCGAUGCCCAUCUUCUGGCCCGUCAUCGAAGAAUCCUUCGCCGCCAUUUUCGUUACCCGCGAAGUCCAGAUCACCGAGCAACGCCGCUACUCCUUCGCCGACCGCGGCCUCGCGUACGAACUUGAGCACAGCGAUACUAUGCGCCGGCAAGCCAGUGUGAAGACGCAGAGUACGAGUAGGGAGAGUCUGGUUAUCACGAGGCUGGAGAGUGGGAAGAAUGUCGAAGAGCAUUAUAAAGAUCCGUAUUUGGCGGCGCAGGUGGAUCCAUUUCGAAACAUUGCGCAGGAGGUGGCGGUCAAGACGGAUGUUGAGGCGAAGAAGAAGGACAAGUGGGUGUUGUGA